AUGUUCCAACACCGGCUCCAGCCAAGUCACUUGCGGAACGUGUUGCGUACGCAAACCCAAAACAAUCGCGCCAACCCAAAGGCCCAACCCAAAUCAGCUACUGCACCCAAGAAAGUUGUCGGAAAAGAUAGUGCCAAGGGACGACCUGCUGCUAAAGCUGGAAAGCCAAAGCGAGGCCGAAACCCGAGACCGAAGGCUAAGACGGCCGAAGAACUCGACGCCGAAAUGACCGACUAUUGGGGAGGCAACAACCCAGCAGCGGCCGCCACGAACACCGAUGCGGCCGCCACGAACGGUGCUGCUCCCGCACCCACCACUGGCGAGGACGCCAUGGAGGAGAUUUCAGUGAGCGACAUCGAAUUCAUAUGCUGA